UACGAAUGUCAGCCACAGGAUAGGAGUUAUGAAAACAAACCUUGUGAAAAAUGUCUACGUUGGAGUAGUUCUCAGAAGAUAAACGCAAUAGGAAAUCUUAUCAAUUAGUAACAAAUUUGAUUCAUCUUGAAUGAAAUGAUCCAUUGUUUUAGAUUUGAUUUAAGAACCAAGUAGUGCAACAUGAAUUUAGGUGGCUCAAUUCGAAUCAAUAAAUUUGGCGUUCUCAUAAUCGCAAUACUGUUGGUCUUUCUGGUUUACUACAUAUCGACCGGAAAGUCUCGAAGCUCAAACUACGCAUUGAACAAAAAUCCCAAUGAAGUGAACCUGCGGAAACUUUUGAUCGGGUCGAUACAGGCCGCCCAGCGUGGAGGCUUCGAGGUGGUAGAGGUUUCCAAAAGUCCCGACUUCAAUGUUCACAGCAAGGGCAAAACCAAAGAAGGGGCCAACGAUCCGGUGACGGAUGCGGACUUUCGCUCACAUUGUGUCAUGGCCAGCGGGCUGCACCGAAUUUUUCCAAAGCUGAAAAUCAUCUCCGAAGAGGACGGGGGGAAUAAACCCUGUCCGGAUUCGAAGCUGUUCGAUCUGGAUCCUACGGUGAUACACGAAAAUUCCAACGUGCCGGAUGAAAUUGUAGGAAUUGAAGAUGUCACAGUGUGGAUCGAUCCACUGGAUGCAACACAGGAGUACACUGAGAACCUGUUCCAGUAUGUGACAACUAUGGUGUGCGUGGCGAUAAAGGGCGUUCCGACGAUCGGAGUAAUUCACAACCCAUUCACGAAGAAAACCGUUUGGGCCUGGACGAACAAGGCCGUCUCGGAACCACUGAGUUAUAUCAAGAGGGACGAAGACGUCAAGCAUCCUGUCGUUAUUGUCUCCCGGUCCCACAGUGGUGAUGUGAAGAACCUCGCCAAGGAGGUGUUUGGAGAAAAUCUGCAUAUUAUCCCAGCAGGAGGAGCAGGAUACAAGGUCUUGCAGGUACUGCACAACAAUGCAACGGCGUACCUCCACUCAACGGCCAUCAAAAAGUGGGACAUCUGCGCUGGGAAUGCAAUUCUCGCUGCCAUUGGAGGCAAAAUGACGACGCAGAAAAAUGAGGAUAUUUCCUACAGUGAUAAGGAUUCGUUCCUCAACGAGAAUGGCCUUUUGGCGACGGCCGUUGAGAGCAUACACGAGAUGUACAUCAAAAAGCUGAUUGACCAUCAGAAAAUGAGUCGUUAACGGUCGAUCACUCCUCAAAAUACAUCACACGCGCGUACUGGUUCGAGAGAAGGAUUGCGCGUUCAGGUUAGAAAGAUUUCUGUGAGACUCAUAACAUAUAACUUACCUAGUAUUUGUUCUGAUUUAUUUGUGAUCACGCCUUCGAGUUCCUCGAGUUUAAUUUUAAUUCAGAAUUAGAUAGUAGUUUGACUGUAUGUAUGGUAAGAUUGUGAUUGAUAUAAUUCCUGAAAUCGAAUAAAAUUUCUCAACAAUUAUUACAUUUAAA